AUGGCUGGCAACGUCAUUGGACACAUUAAUUAUUUUACGUCUACGAUAGAUGAGUGCCCUCCUUGGUUAGUAACGUUUUCAAUACCAACGGCGAUGAGAUCAAAUUUUGUACAAGCGUCUAUUCCUGUUACCAUUCAGAAUUUACGGGGCAAAGAAACAAGUGUCAAUCUCGACACUAAUGGUCUCGAAGUGGUCAAAUACAAUGGCUCUAUACAGGAAGAAUUUGAAGAAGGUAGCGAAGCACAAAAAACUUAUUAUGAAGAGAUCAGUAAUUUUCUCAAGAAGCGACUGGGUGCCUUUCGUGUGAUUAUCUAUCACUAUACUUUUCGUUCUCGAAGCUCACCCCGACCCGAUGAGCAGCUUGAUGGCACUCAUAGAAAUCCUGUCUUUUAUCCUCACGUUGAUAUCGAUUCAUUUGGAGUUCAAGGAUUUGUAGAACAUGUGCUUGGCGAAGAAGAAGCUGAAAGAGCAAAGAAAAAUCGAAUUCAAUUGGUCAACGUCUGGCGUCCGUUAGGUGCAAAUCCAAUUACAGACAAGCCAUUGACAAUUUGUGAUUACCGCUCUAUUGAUGUCAAUAAAGAUGUUCACCCACUCACAAUUCAAGGAGCUGGUUAUCAUUCUACAGCCUACACAUUGUCUCGCAAUGCUCAAGAUGCCCACGUAUGGUACUAUUUGAGUCCAAUGCGAUCCGAUGAAAUGUUUGUCUUUAAAAUAUUCGAUAGCGAGCCUGACGUUGCUCAAUUCGCUUUCCAUACGACUUUUAAAAAUGGUGAUGGGUCCAUGCCAACUGAAGAACAGAAAAGUCUUGAACUUCGUUGUUUGGUUUUCUAUGAUGAGUGA